AGGGAAUCUGUGGUUCUAAGCAAGACGCCGAGCCAGGAUCUGCCAGAGAAAUCUGUAUACUCAUUUGGAGAGAAACACCCUGCUAGUCUGUAGCACGUGGGGGACCUUCAAAAAGGGAGUGACCAGAGAAAACAGCCCCAGAGGCUCCCCAGGAUUGUCCGCUCUGCUGGAGUUUCACGUGUUUGAUGGAGAACUUGAUUGUGGAUUUGGAGGUGAAUAUGUCUGUAGAGGAACGGGCAGGAUCGCUCCCGCUACUGGUGAAGGAGGAGGAGAAUCUAGAGGCCUUCAGGCUGUAUUCAGAGAUGGAAGGAUCAAAAGCCCCGAAGAUCGUACACGUAGGGAGCAUUGGGGAGUUGAAGACGAUCACCUCACCAUAUAUUAAACUGGAACCCGAAGAAGGGGAGCAGCAGCUCUGGGAAUCCCAAUGGCAGGAGUUCUUGGGGUCACUGCAGCCCCCUCACUCAGGAUGGGGGAAUUCGCAGAUGUCUGAGGAGCCUGCGCCAUGGGAUGAUGCUAAGGCAUUCCUGGCCUCCUUUGAGCAAGUUGCAACAGCGUGCCGAUGGCCUCAGGAAAAGUGGGUGACCUUCCUUCUGCCGGCCCUCAGCGGAGAAGCCGAGCAGGCCUUCAGCAACCUUAGUGUCCGAGACAUAGAGGACUAUGGGAAGGUGAAGGCGGCCAUCUUGCAAGCAGCCGCCAUUGCAAGGGAGAAGAAGCGUCAGCGCUUCAGACAGCUGUGCUACCAAGAAGCAGAGGGGCCAAGAGCAGUUUAUAGUAGACUUCAGCAACUUUGUCGUCAGUGGCUGAAAGCGGAGAGACACUCGAAGGAAGAGAUCUUGGAGCUGCUGAUCCUGGAGCAGUUCCUGACAGUCCUGCCCCAGGAAAUGCAAAGCUGGGUCCGGGAACAUGGCCCUGAGACCUGCAUGCAGGCGGUGGCCCUGGCAGAAGAAUUUUUGUUGAAACAGAAACAAGUAAUUAGACUGAAAGAGGAGGUGCCAGAUUCUUGGGAGGGGGUGGCUGAGAAUCCUUCUGAGGGAGAUGAGAUUCCACCGCCAGAUACAUGGAUUGAUGUGGAUUCAAAGCCGGAGUGGGGAGGAGAGGAGAAGUCCACAGGUGCUGGGCAGGUACUUGUGAGCCAAAUGGAUAAUAUACAUCAAAAUCAUUCUGAGCAAGUGGCCCCAGAGGAAGCAUUGCCAAAGACAGGCAGCACCUACCAGUACUGUGAGGAGGGAACAAGGCUUGAGAAUCUGGAGGGACCACAGGAAGAGCAGAGACUUGAACCAGGGAAAAGUGUGGAUGCACCUAUCGUUAUUGGUGACGGUGAUUUUAUUCAGGAAGACACCAAGGAUGGCCAAAAACUCCACAUUUGUCAGUGUGGGAAGAGUUUCAGAAGAAGCUCUGACCUUAGAGUUCAUGAGAGAACUCACACUGAUGAAAAGCCAUAUAAAUGCCCAGUAUGUGGGAAAGGUUUCCGCCAGAAGGGAAACCUUUCAACGCAUGAAAAAAUUCACACUGGAGAGAAACCACAUAAAUGUUCCAUUUGUGAGAAAAGUUUUGCUAGCGGCUCCAACCUUAUUGCACAUGAGCGAAUUCACGCUGGAGACAAACCGUUUCGGUGUUCCGUAUGUGGGAAGAGUUUUGCUAGUGGCUCCAACCUUAUUGUACAUGAGAGAAUUCAUACUGGCGAGAAACCUUACAAAUGUACAAAGUGUGGGAAACGUUUCCAUCAGAAGGGAAACCUUCGAACACAUGAAAAAAUCCACACUGGUGAGAAACCGCAUCAGUGCUCUGUAUGUCAGAAAUGUUUUGCUAGUGUCUCUAACCUUAUUGCACAUGAGAGAAUUCAUGCUGGAGAGAGACCAUAUGAAUGUUCAGUAUGUCUGAAGAGUUUUGGUUCUGGCUCCAACCUUAUUGCACAUCAGCGAAUUCAUGCGGGAGAGAAACCUUACAAGUGCGCAAAGUGUGGGAAAAGCUUCCAUCAGAAGGGAAAUCUGAGAACACAUGAAAAAAUUCACACUGGGGAAAAACCACAUCAGUGCUCCAUAUGUGAGAAAAGUUUUGCUAGUGGUUCUAACCUCAUUGCACAUGAGAGAAUUCAUGCUGGCGACAAACCGUAUCAAUGCUCGGUGUGUCAGAAGAGAUUUAGUACCGGUUCCAACCUUAUUUCUCAUGAGAGAAUUCAUACUGGAGAGAAACCAUAUAAUUGUUCAAAAUGUGGGAAAAGUUUCCGUCAAAAAGGAACACUUACAGCACAUGAAAAAAUUCACAUUGGAAGAGAUUUCUACUAGCUGUUCGGGAUGUGGGAAAGUUUCUAUAGUGCUAAAGAACUUGAGUUCCAUGAAAUGAUCCAUCCUGGAGAUAAAUCUUUAUCAAUGCUCAAUGCAUCAGAAAAGUUUCACUGAUAGCUCCAACCUUAACUGCAUGAGUGAAAAUCCACAAUAGAGAGAACUCAUGUUCGUGCACGGGUUACUGGGAAAGCUUCAGUGAUCAUUCAACUCGUAGAGCAUAUGAAAGAAAAGAUACCAUGUAAAGUAGGGACGUAACCAUGAGGAAAAGGAUUCGUUCCUUCUGUCUCCAGAACAGAAUUCACACUGGAAGGAAGCCAUGUGUGUUUAAAACUUUGGGAAAAGUUUGGUUGGAGUCCAAGACUUAUGGCCUGUUAGAGACAUCGAAAAGGACAGAAGCCAUAUCAGUACUCAGAAUGUGGAAAUGGUUUGGGGCAUAGUUCAACCUUUAGGGUAUGCCGGAAAGCCCAAUCAGAACAGACAAGAGCUAUUGAAAAGUUCUAACCGUGAGGAGACUUAGAAAUGGUUCCAUGAACUCCAGCAAAUUCCGCACAGAGUGGAAGUUUGUGAUGAAAAAUGCUUUAUCCUGAGUACAGCGUUUGCUAAGAUCUGAACAUUCACAUGAGAACUAAACCUUCAAACGUAAGACUGGAAGGAAAAUACAACAGGCAGGGUUUUUUUGUCAUUAGGCUAUGUAUUCCAAGGAAGGUUUGACCAGAACUGUUUGCAAACUAGGGCCAGUUCCCAUAUUACCUUCUUAAUAAGGAAACACCUGUCACAAAGCCCAGUUCUACCUGCACUGGCCUUAUUAACCCUUGCCUCACCCUGAAUUUUUUUUUGCAAGGAUUGGAAACUCUAAAUAUAAAACAUACAUGUUUGAUCAAAACGUUUUGCAGAAAGGUGUUAAAUUUGGCCUCAUCUCAAACAGUUAAAUUUCCCUGCAAUGAAUCCACUGAAUAUUUUUUAAAAAAAGCAUUGACUUUGGUCUCUUCCCCUGCCCCUGGCUUCUAAUGAUAUAACUAAUGCACAGUUUUCAAAUUAUGUUCCAAGGACUCCUGGAGUUCCUUGGGCUUAGCUCUCACUGAAGUUGUAAAAGUACGUCUGGUUUGUGCUAUUUCAGGCUGUAGGUGAGGGGUGACAUAACUAAUGCUUAUCCAUCCAUAUAAUCCCUUCCCCAAUGAAAAUUAGAGUGCCAGGGGAAAGGAUUCUAGUUUAGCCUUUUCCCUCAACAACUGAUUUUCUGUGUGUAGUGGGAACAUUCCCUUUUUGUGAGUCCCCCACCUGUACUGUGAAAUGAUACAGCUCCAGCACAGGUAAUAUGAGUGCAAUGAAAACGAGACCUCAGAAGGGGAGUUUCCUUCUUCCACUUCCCAUAUUCCUAUGCAAUUAGCAGC